AUGAACGUCUUCGAAGGAAUCGAAAAGAGAAUUGUAAUCAAGCUGAGGAAGGAGUGCUUUGAGGAGAAGAAGAAUAUUUCAUCCCUGUUUGACAUCUCCAGGGAGCUAUGGGAGGAGAAGCUGAAGUAUAUCGGAUGCAGCAUCGUGUCUGAAAUAGAGGAAGAUGUCCAAGCGCCAGCAGAAGAAAGGUGUAGGGUGUAUCUGCUCUCAGAAAGUUCUCUUUUCAUAUACAGAGACAUGGUGUUUAUAAAAACGUGUGGAAAAACCAAGGUGUUAUUUUUCAUCCCCUUUCUGGUCGAUUUGCUGAUACUGAAGAUGACGAAUGAAUAUGCUUUGAAGGCCGAUGCAGUGUACGACGAAAGUUUUCUUUCCCAAAAUGACCUGACCGACGUUGUUCAUUUCGUGGGGGACAAUUUCGAAUACGCAUUUUUCACCCACAUGAACUAUCAGAACAAGACGAAGGAUGGUUACUACGAGCAGGAGUACCCGCACAAGUCCAUUGAGGAUGAGAAGACCUUCUUCCGGUUUUUUUUCAAGACGUUCCAGUUUGCCAGCACGCCCCUGCCGCACGGGAGGAGCCACUACAUCUUCCUAGCGCAGGUGAGUGGUGCAGCUAAUGGGUUGGCUAGCGGAGCCGCUAAUGGGUUGGCUAGCGGAGCCGCUAAUGGGUUGUCCAGCGGAACCGCUAACCGGUUGACGGACGGGGCGAUGCACUCCCCCCCGAACGCGCACCUCUUCUGCUCCGAAAUGCACCUCUUCGGAAUCAACAAGCACAGCGAGAGGGCCAAGUUCCACGAGCUGUACCUGAACGAGGACUCCCUGGGCGUAUUUCAACUGAGAGGGGAACCGCAGAAGGUCUACGAAGAGAAUGAAAAAACAGACAUAUGCUGUAGCGAAAAUUCAUAUGACUACGCAGAGUGCUGCUCGAAAAGCACGACGAACACGAGUAGCCUGUACAAGGAGACGAUGGCUCCGUUCCGAAGCGCAGAGGAUAUGGGGUACUACGGACACCCCCGCAAAGAGGUGUUCACCAACUUCCACUUGAAAAUCACCGACGUGAGUGAGAAGAACUUGGAUGAAGGCGUUACUGAGGACACGCUGUCGUGCAGGAAUGAGGAAUUCCCCCUUGGGGGGAGCGCCCACAAGAGAGGAAGCAGUAUUGGGAGUAGCAGCUGCAUUGGUGGCGGCAUUGCUAACGCUAGCGAAGAGGCGAAGCUGCUCCUAUUGCCGUCCACCCUGAAUGAAAGCAGAUACAUGCAGAGACAAACCUCGCAGGAAAGCUCAGUGGCGAACAUGCAGUGUGAAUUGCAGCCCCUGGAUGGCAGAACCCAAGGGGAUGUUAAAGGUGAGCAGAAGAGGGAAGACAGCGCCGGAAUCAGCGCAUACCUGAACGAAUUUUACCUUCAAAAUGGAUCAGCGGAGAAGGGCAAAGAAGUUGGAGGAAUAUGCGGCGGAGGAGUAUGUCGCCUUCUCACCACGCCAUCCCAGUGUAGCUCCAACGACAGUAGGGUGAUCCACCUGAGGAACGCCUACCCCGCUUUGAACAGCUUCAGCGCGCUGGAUAACUGCCUCCGAGUUGGGGGCACAGAAUUAUCCUCCGUUGCGUCAUCGCCUAGAAGCAGCCAACCGAUAAAGCAGAUGGAGAGCCCCAAACCGCAAGUCCACGUGAAAAAAAUAGACACGAAUUUGUACGAGUGUUCCAGCGGACAAGGAAACAAGGAAAAAUUCCUCUACAACGAAUUUUACUUUACACCAUGUGGCUAUUCGUGCAACGUCUCCCAGAAGAGGAACUACUUUUGCGUCCACUACGCCCCGGAGGACUUAGUUUCAUACGUCUCUAUAGAACUAGCCAAUGACUUGAGGAGCGAUAGCUUUGUGAGGUUUAUGGCUAACCAGCUGAGCUUUUACGGAGGAAAAAUAUUCUACAUGGUGAAUUACCAUUACCAUGUUGAGGGAAGCGAUGUAGGAAGUCGUCUCGGUGGACUAUCCCCCAUUUCGGAGGCAACCCUCCUACAGAGAAAGCUCUGCAACAACAUUGUGGUGAACAACGAGCAGUACUACGCCAUUCUCUGCAUGAAAGAACUCACCGUGGGAUUUCUUAAAAUGCAAUAUUUCGUCUACGAGUUGAAAGAGGUGAACGACGGUAGGGGGGUCAAUCUGUAUCUUCCGAGUGGACCCAAGCAAGCUGGAAACAACUUCGUUGUGACGCCUGUACCGAACCGGGAGGUGAAUGACAUGUACACGUAUAGCUACAUAUUUUGCCAUCAAAACGGAGUGAUGAUGGUUGAUAUGGGGGUCGAAUCUGAGAGUAGCGGCGGAAUAGCGCACCCCAGCGCCCCCUACAGGAGUAGCGAUAGCGGCACGCCCUACCGAAGCAGCGACACCAGCUCGUGCAGAAACUUCUCCGAAGAUUCGCUCCUCUCGAACGUGGGGGGGGCAACCGAAUGUGAUGGCGAUGCGAAGGAAGUAGUGGUGGAUCUUCGCCCCGGGGAGGUUUUAGAGAGCACCUCCAACAGUGCUGACGAUGGGAAGGGAAACUCCCCCAACAGUGCUGACGAUGGAAAGGGCGACUCCCCAACCGGCAGAGCAGAAGCAACCCAAACGAAUGAGGAAGAGUGCCCGGAAAAGAAACACCAAAAGGAAAUGCUAAACUACUAUCGAAAGAACAAAAUCGAGAUGUUCACGCUGAGAAAGAUUUUAAGUGAAGAUAUAGACACAUCAGUGGUAUGCAUAAACUUGCAGAAAAUCCUGGCCCAGUACAUCCGCUUUAAGAAGAACCUACCCAGUGUGACCCCCUUCUACUCUGUCAAGAGCAAUAACGACGAUGUGGUGAUUAAGUUUCUCUACGGACUGAACUGCAACUUUGACUGUGCAUCUGUUGGGGAGGUAAAAAAAUUGACUACUCUCCUUCCGGAACUCAACAGAGAGAGAAUUAUUUAUGCCAACACGAUAAAGAGCAUCAACUCGCUCAUCUUUGCAAGGAACGAGCACAUCAAUUUGUGCACCUUUGAUAACAUAGAAGAGCUGAGGAAAAUUUUGAAGUACCAUCCCAAGUGCUCCCUCCUGCUGCGCAUCAACGUCGAUUUUAAGAAUUACAAAUCUUAUAUGUCCUCAAAGUACGGGGCGAAUGAACACGAGUGGGAGAACAUUCUCUCCUUUGGAAGGAAGCACAAUUUAAACAUCGUCGGGGUGUCCUUUCAUGUGGGCAGCAACACCAAGAAUCUGUUUGACUACUGUCAAGCUAUUAAAUUGUCCAGGGAUGUUUGGAACAUUAGCAACAAAAUGGGGUACCAGUUUGAAAUUCUAAACCUUGGGGGGGGAUUCCCGGAAGAAUUAGAAUACGAUAGCGCCAAAAAAAAUGAAAAGAAAAAAUACUGCACGCUGAAUGAAGCAGAGCUGAGGAAAGACAUCCAGAGCUUCCUCAAUGAAAAAUCGGUCAUGAAAACAAAAUAUAAUUUUUACAAUUUUGAGAAAAUUGCGCUUGCCAUUAAUAUGUCCAUUGAACAUUACUUUAAAGACAUCAAGUCCAAACUGCGAAUCAUUUGCGAACCGGGGAGGUACAUGGUGGCUGCUUCUUCCACCCUGGCUGUCAAGGUCAUUGGCAAGAGGCACCCCACCUUCCAGGGGCUCCGGCUUAGAGACAUGCGGGGUGUUAACCCGCUAGAUUUCGCCAAGGGGGGCAGCGGCGUGGAAGAGAACAUCGGCGAGGGGCACAUCGGAGAGGAGAACACCGUUGAGGGGACUACCAAUGGGGGGACUACCAAUGGGGGGGUUGAUAGCGACCGUGUGAACGGCAGGCAAGGGGGGAAGACGAACCGACAGGAGGGGGCGAACGGAGGGGCCAUCCACUCGGAGGAACUGCUGCUGCUCAGCCACUCCAACCUAAGCGAUAACCUCACCUGCAACAGCAAUUCCAAGCUAGGAAACAUUACGAACAUAAAAAGGAAAGUGGUCAGCAUUAAUGAUAAUCGAUAUAACUACUACUCCUACUACGUUAGUGAUAGCAUCUACGGCUGCUUCAGUGGAAUUAUUUUUGAUGAAUAUAACAGGUCCCCAGUGUUUGUAAUUCGAAACCAGGUGGAUGGCAGCACGGCCGGUGACGACGUGGCAAGUUCUCCCCUCUACCUGGCCAACAUCUUCGGACAGUCUUGUGAUGGUCUGGACAUGAUCACCUCCAUUACCUACCUACCAGAGUGCUACAUUAACGACUGGAUCAUUUACGAGUAUGCGGGAGCCUACACCUUCGUUAGCUCUUCCAAUUUUAAUGGCUUCAAAAAGUGCCAGAAGGUGUAUAUUUUCCCCAAGAAAUCCUUUCCCUUCCUCAAGUGA